AUGAUAGUCUCAUCUCAUCAACUGAUCGUAGCACAAGCAAGAUUCGUGAUGAUGAUUCUGCGAGCGGUUAAUGGACGUUUAUGGACGUGGGACGAGAUGAGAGGGGAGUUGAUUCAUUUCGAGAUUCCGAUGGGCGCAGAAGAGCUGGCAGCCAAUCAAAAGUGGCUGCUUGGUAAUGAGACCCUCGAGUCCCAUGUGUCCGACACAAGCGGGCGGAUGACAUAG